UUGUGUGAGGGAUGAAGUACUAAAAAAGAAAGAAAGGAGUGUCAUGUGUUGUUGAUGUGAGGGUGAGGCAUAGAGUUACUCUGGAAGGAAGUGUAAAUGGGCAGUGUGUGGGUGUGCUACUUCCCGAGCUGCACCAUCUUUCCCUGUCGCCAGUGCAAGCUCUCCCCAACGCACCUUCUUCAACCUUCUGCCUCUUUCCAAAUCUCUCUUCUCCGCGUACGGGCUUCUCAAACCACCACCACCACCACCACCACAAGAACCAGAACAAGGAAAAGUCGAAGGCUCAAGAGCGACUCCGAGAUCUGCAAUGAUAUCCGCCAAUUCCUCGAUUCGGUUGGCCUCCCGGAGGACCACAUUCCCUCCACCAAAGAGCUUCUGCUCCACGGAUGGAAUGACUUGGCAAACAUUGUCAGAAGGAGAGGGCAUAAACAAAUUCAGGAGCUUCUCACAAGAAGCUCAUUGAAUGCUGACGUUGAUAUUUUAAGUGCUGAAACUAGCUUAGAUGAGAGGUUGGAUGCGACAAAUGGUUUUGAAGAUCCUUUAGCAGGUCAGAAUGAGACAGUGGACUGUUUGGUCAAUGAUGUCAAAUCUUCGACAGAGUUUCUUCUAGGAAGUAGUUCUGGUAGUUUGUAUGUUGACUCUAGUUCAAGUUUAGGUGAAGGUACUAACAUCGCUGGAGAAGCCUCAGCUAAUUUGUUUGUAGAGGAUGGACUUAGUAAAGUAGAAGAUCAUGCUGAAGUGCUCAACGAUGUAACGGAGGGGAAUUUCUACCCAACUGAAUUGAUUAUUGUUGAUAAUGAUUAUGAUAGUUCAAGGGAAGGUCUUCAUCCCAACUUCGGUAGCCAAAGUUCCAUCAUGCCUACAGAAAUUUCUGGUGAAUUACCUAUUCAGACAGUGUCUUCUGGAAAUUCUGAGUCUGAGGAUAGUUUAGUAGGCAAAAUGGAUGGAGAGAUAACCUUGUCAUUGACGGAAAGCCAUUCCAACACUUCAUUCAAUGAUUCCAAUAUUGACACUGAAGACAAAGAGUUUAGUCAUUUGGAACCAUUAGUUGGUUUACCUUUGGAGCAAAAGGACUUGGGUGCAUUAGAAGGUCUAGAUGACAGCAAAGAUGAUAUUGCUGAGGAUGUUGCCACAACCUCUGAAGUUUCUGUUAGGGAAAAUUUAUCUGAUGACAACAGACUUAAUUCAAUUGUUCAUUCAGCUGACAGCAGUUCUACAAAUCUUGACACUUUGGCCAACUUGUCUUUGAGGGAAAAGGUUGCAAAUUUUAUUCAGAAUGGAGAUUUGGAUCCAGUUGAAGGUACCCAUCUUCCUGAAGAUAAUAAUGUCAUGGCUCAUGGGAACUCAUUGACAUCCAACCAAGUUGUUCCAUCCGGAGCAUUGGAUUUGGAUCAGUCUCUUUGGGAUGAUCACUUGCCACAUGAGGAUCUAACUACUGAUUUCAACAAGGACUUGGAUACUGAGGCUCCAAAAGUGCAAAAUGAAAGUGAGAUAAAUCAUCUCAAGUUCAUGCUGUAUCAGAAGGAGUUGGAACUGUCUCGGCUGAAGGAACAGAUUGAGAAAGAAAAGCUUGCUUUGUCUGUCUUGCAAACCAAGGCAGAGGCAGAAAUCAGCAAAGCCAGAAAACUUAUAUCUGAAAAAGAUGCAGAGUUACAUGUUGCUGAAGAAAGUCUUUCAGGACUCAAGGAGGUUCAGAUUGAGUUCUGUGGUGAUGGUGAUGUUGUGGAGGUGGCUGGUAGCUUCAAUGGUUGGCAUCACCGAAUAGAAAUGGAUCUUCAACAGUCAACAAGUGCUAUAGACCUUGAUGGAUCAAGGAGUUCCAGAUGUUGGUCAACAAUGCUGUGGCUUUAUCCUGGUGUAUAUGAGAUAAAAUUUGUCGUUGAUGGCAAAUGGAUAACAGAUCCUCAACGGGAGUCAGUAACAAGGGGUCACAUAUGUAACAACAUUCUAAGAGUAGAUAGAUGAUGCAUUCUGGUUCAGGUCACUAUUGCUAGAUGUAUAUAAAAUGGGUACAUAAAAAUUGAAGAAAAUGGUUUACUGCAGAUUUCUAAUAAAAUCACCACGUUUGACAGCAAUAUGGAAAGGAGGGGAGACGCAAGCAAGCAUGCAAGAAUGAGCAGAAUCUAAAUGAGAUUCUUUUGCUACCGUCCUGUUUGUACAUUUGGGUCUUUUUUUUUGGUCCAAGUACAUUUGGGUCUGAAAUUAGAGACCAUGACAUUAUCUAGGACUGUGCAAGAGUUAAUUAGAAAUUAGGAAUUUAGGGUGGGACAGUGCAGGGGGAUUUGGGUAGUCCGUAAGAGGUUGUAGCUUCAGACCAUGCUAUCAUUGUAUCAAUCGGGAGAAAUGUAGCCUCCUUCGUUUUUGUAUUCCUCAUUUCUUGUUUCUGUUAUUCUUUUGGUGGUUAGAACCAGGAUAAAAGUUCGUUUUGCCGAGCUUUGUAAAUUCAACGAGUGAUAUUUGAUGACUGCGUUUUCAUGUUUGGCACGAAAGAAGCGAGAAAUUCAAGCGAAGUUAUUAUCAGAAAAGAGUUAUGGAGGGAUAGCCGUAUUUGUUUAA